ACACUUCUAAUGUUUUCUCUCUCUGUUAAUGCUGCUUUUAAAGGGGCUCAAGACCCCCAGUGAGCAGGGCACCACCAAUGCCAGAGAAACUGCAGACCAACAACGUGGGCAAGAAAAAGAGACCCAUUGAGGACCUGGUGCUCGAACUGGUGUUUGGUUAUCGAGGCAACGACUGCCGUAACAAUGUGCAUUACCUUAAUGAGGGGGCGGACAUCAUUUACCACACUGCCUCAGUAGGGGUCGUCUUAAACUUAACAACAGGUGCUGAGAAAACCCAUAGCCUGUCAGAGUUUCUAUUUGGAACACAGUGAUGAUAUUCUGUGCCUGACUAUUAAUCAGCACCCAAAGUUCCCCAACGUAGUGGCAACUGGCCAAGUAGGUAUGUUU